AUGAUCGAUCUGCCUGCUAAUGACCCGUACGAAGUCCUUGGGAUACCAUCGACUGCUCAGGCUGCCCAGAUCCGGACGGCGUACAAGAAGCUCGCCCUCAAGUUCCAUCCGGACAAGAUCCAGGAUGAGGCCCUUCGCGAAAAGGGCACCGCCGAGUUCCAGAAGAUACAGGAGGCGUACGAGCUCAUAUCCGACGAGAACAAGCGUGCGAAGUAUGACCAGGCGAAACGGGCUGCCGCUGCUGCCAGGGAGAGAAUGGCGGCGGCUAGAGGUCCGCCCGGAUCGACAAAGUCAAGAGAAAACUGCGUCUUUGAAGACAUCACGCCCAGAGGAUACUCGGCAGCAUCAAAAUACGAAUCACGGCCGCCGCCGCCGCCUCCUCCUCCUACCUCGUCAAAGUCUCGUCGAGCUCCUCGAGAUCCCUCUCCAGUGUCAGUAGACCGGAAUCCCAGGCCGUCUCGCUACUCAGACGACGACUCUCCUUACGAAGAAUACCGCUCGAGCUCGAGAAAACACUCCGGGUACGACAGAAGACACCACCAUUCUAGAACCAGAGACAGAGACCCCUACGAGAGAAAGACCAGCGGUAGCAGUAGUAGCAAAGAGUACGCCAGACGUGAAGCCGCUCGAUACGCAAAGGAGAGGGCCAAGGAGGCCCGCGAGUCGACUAGAAGCAGUCGGGCCAGCAACGCCAAAUACCGUGACAAGGAGCGUCGUCGAGAUACGUCGGAAAAGCACAGCCGAACGGCCUACGCUGCCACUGUCGAAGACUAUACAGAUGAGUCCUCCUCCGAGUCUGGCUCUGAAUCCGAGUACAGCGAACAUGAGUACACCCGCCCAUUCAGAGAACACGUACGGCCAACCGAGAAAGCUAGAUACCAGAGUGCAAGCUACCCGUCCAGCUGGGAAAGCCCCAAGAUGGCUGCUGACAUCGAGGGCGCUUGCGAAUACAUGAGAUCAAAAGCCGGGAUGCAAAAGGCCGCAGAAGGCAAGCCAAAUGUCGUAUACGUCACUCCGCUGGGAUCCCGCCGAGAAAAGGACACUGCUCGUCGCUCCUCUGCCAGACCUCGCAUGCCAGAGCGAGAACGAGAACGUGAACGUGAACGGGACAGAGAACGAGAGCGGGAGAGAGACCGGGAUAGAGAACGAGAACGAGAACGAGACAGAGAGCGAGAAAGAGAACGCGACAGAGAUAGAGAUCAUAUCUUCGACGCCCCUCCUCGCUUCCACACCUCAUACAGCAUCCCAACCCGCGGCUCACACUCAAAGUCUUCCUCUACGUCCUCACGCGCACCUCCCCCCCUCCGUCGAGCUGGUACAGUGCCAGCUGCCUUUGAUACCAGCCACGUUGAACCAAUUGUGCCCAGAUCAGUCAAGAAGAAAGGCACCCUCUUCGACUCCGGCUACAGCAGUCCAGCCAGUAGCCCUCCCAUUGUCCCCUCUGGCGAUUUCGUGCGCCCCAACACCCGCCAGCCCAAGAUCAUCACGCCAACAACCGGCGGCAGCGGCAGCACUAGCAGUAGUAGCUCCAGCCACCGCCGCACCCAAAGCACGUCUCCCUUGCAUCGAGACCCUGUCACAAUCCAACCAACUUCUGCGCCUCCCAGAUCAAGUCGGUCCUCCGAUAUGUUCCAAGAACUGAAACCAAGCUACUACCAUGUCUUUCCCGGCCAGGUGAGAUACUCACCGCGCAUUGGGACAGAAGACAUUUCCUUUGGCGGGCCUCCAAAGAAACCAGCCUUCUUCAGGAAAGCCUCUGCUGUCUCCUGA